CUGAUCUUCGCCAUGGUCACUGUGGGCUGCGGCUGUUUCCUGGGCUCGGAGCCUGCGGGGGCUUCGUUGCACUGGGCCUUCGGCCGCAGCUGGUUCCGUAAGCUGCCGCGGCCCUUGCCCUCACCGUGCGUCGCCGAAGGGGAGCCAGAGACGGAACAGUCGGUUGCUGAGGAACCAGACUCAGAGGCACCAGAGGCCUUGAACACCUUGGAGUCGCCCGUGCCCCGUAACACGGAGACAGCCUCAGAGGAGACAGCAAUCAACGAGCUGGACUGCCCCGAAAGUCCGGCCAGCUAUGUGGCGCUGCGCAAGGCCUUCCACGACGCACCGCGUCAAGAGCUGUGCCGCUUCGCCGUGGGAUGGCCUAAGGCACCUGCAGCUGUGGCUGCUUAUGAAGAUCACCGCAAGUGGCGGGAGAUGAGUGAACCAAAACAGCUCUUUCAGGCACGAGAGCAAGUCCCGCAGUGGAUCAGCAAGGGCCGUUUCUUGGCCAAGGAUGAGUCCCCGGUGCUGCUCCUGCAAAUCGCCCGUACGGACAGCAAGAAGGCACCAGAGCUGUACUUCAAGGCACUCUGCUGCAGUAUCGAUGAGCAGCUGAGUGGCUCCGAAUUCCAACGCAUCACCGUGCUACUGGACGUGCGAGGGGGCGCAGGGUGGCCCAACCCCAAGCCACAUGAGCUGCUGCCCCUCCUGCGCAUUGCCACGCGACAGCUGCCCCUGCAUUAUCCGGGCGUCCUCCACCGGAUCAUCCUCUAUCCUGUGCCCGUCGCUGCCGCUCUCUUCACCCGCAUGGCACUGGCUUUUGUGGAUUCCAUCACUCGGAGUCGCAUUUGCCUCAUCAGUGAGCGGAGCAAGGGCGGCUUUGAGAAGCACUUGGAAGAGUACGUCAGUAAGGAGAGCCUACCGCCCUACGCUUGGGAGCGCCAUCCCAACCUCUCAUGA